AUGGAUUCACGUUCUUGUCUUCAACUGGUGCAUGGUUGGCAACGAACAGAAUUGCCUCCAUUUGUAGCUGUUGGAUUAUUCCUUGUAGCUCUUCAUCAUUGCUUGACCGAAACCCUAAUUCUUCUGUUCGAAGCCACGCGCGAUCGGAUCCGCAUUGCGUUUUCAAAUUCUAAUCUCACCGGCGAUUCGAUUGAUCCUUCGCACGCUUGCUAUAGCCUCCGAUUUCGCGAUUUCGCGUUCGAAUCUACCAUUCCGUUUCAAUUGCGCGAGUUGUCGUUUCAGUGCUCGCAGCGAGAGUGUGGAUUCCCGGUGUCAUGGUUAGAGGACUAG